AUGGAAUCUUUUGAAUUUGUAAUUUUAAUGACAAUAUGGGAAAAAGUUUUGAAACCAUUGUCUGUAGUUUCUAAAAUUUUACAGAGUCCACAAACUAGUUUACAUCAAGCUGUAGAAUAUUUACAAGUAUGUAUUGAAGCAAUUAAAAAAAUGAGGAAUAGUUAUGAAGAACUAGUUUCUUCAGCAACAGAAUUAUGUUCAAAAUGGGGAAUAUCUAUAAUACAAGAAAAUAAACGAAAGAAAUUUGCAAAGAGGCAGUAUGAUAGUAUUGAUAAUGAUAAACGAUUAUACACAAUUGAAGAAAACUUUCGCGUUUCCGUUUUUUAG